UGUUUGGGCUUCACACAGAGUCCGGAGUCACCCCAGCUCCUGAUCAGCUGUCUCUACGGCUCAGAGAACAGAGAAAUAGAGAGGGGAGAGAGAGGCAGAGGACAGGCAGAGUAAAGAGAAAUAGAAAGAACAGAGUGAGAAAAUAAAGAAAGCAGUGUGGUGACAGGAUAGAGAGAUUACAGAAAGAGAGCUAAACAAGAGAACUUCGAUAGAACAGAGAGAAAUAGAAAUAGAGCAGAGAAAUGGAGAGAGGGAGAGAGAGAAAAACCGUGUUUCUCCGGCUGACUGUCUGCAUCAUCCUCCAGUGUCUGGUCAACUGUGUUACAGUUUCAGCGAAGCUGACCCUCACUCCACCAAAUGGGAAAGUCGCACUGGGAGGCAGCAAGACUUUCAUCUGCAAAGUGGAUAAGGGAGAUCCUUACUCCAUUCUCUGGUACAUUAAUGACAAUGAGGUGGAGGAAGAUGACCACAUCCACAUUGAAACGAAUGAAUACCAAUCCCAGUUGAAGAUCAUCAAUGCCGAUCCGGAGGUGAACGGGAUUUACCGGUGCAUGGCCAGUCUGGAAAAUGGCGAAGAACUGCAGAAAUCCAUCACCAUCAGUGUUAUACAGGACCCCAAGUUCGAAAAUACACUCCCCGUCCAGGAGUUUGAAGGGGGAUCAGAUGCGGCUGUUCUUUGCCAUGUGGUUGGAAUUCCGAAUCCCAUUGUGUCCUGGGAAUAUCAUCAGGAGAUUGUCCAGUCAGAGCGUUACAGUAUCCUGUCCGAUGGGACUCUGGUGAUCAAACACAUCCGGGCGUCCGAUGCAGGAACGUACCAGUGCAUUGGAAGCAUCACAGAGAGAUCAGUGAGGAGAUCUUUGCCAAUCACAGUCAAAGUCAAGUACGUCCCCACAUUUGAAUCUUCUGAACCGCAGGUCCUGUACAGCUGGUUAGGAAACCCCGUCAACAUCUCCUGCACCGUCCGGGCUUAUCCCGAGCCAAACAUCACCUGGAGCCGGAACAGUUUGGAUCUUGGAGACAUUGGACUUAUCUCCAAACACUCAACAGACAUCAGGAGUGUCCUGCAGGUGCCAGUGAGAUCAGCAGAGGAAUUCUCAGAGUACCGGUGCACAGCAAGUAACGCUCAGGGCUCGGCUUCUCACACCGUGCAGCUGAGGGAGGGAGGGUUUCCGGGCAUCCCGCGGCAGCUGAGGGCGGAGCCACACUCCACCACUGUCCGGGUGGCCUUCGACCCGCCCAGGGAGGACAGCGGCAUCCCCGUCCUGGGAUACUGGCUGGAGUGGAGGCCGGACUCCAGCUGGGAAUGGAACCGGGCACGAAUCGACAACGAAUCCUACCUCGUCACUGGAUUGCAGCCCUACACUCCGUACCAGUUCCGCGUGUCCGCCAUCAACGGCAGAGGCGACGGCAAUUAUUCCGACAUCGUUUCGGCCAGGACGCUCUCGAGCCGGGAACCAGACAGGCCCAACGUCUCCACCAGUAAUGAAAGCACAGGCAAUGCUAUCCGGAUAUUCUUCAAGGACGUGGAGAAUGGAGGGAGCCCAGUUCUACGGCACUUCAUCAGAUACAAGGAAGAUGAAGCUGAUGAAUGGUGCAAUGUAACGGUGAAUAAUUCCAGUUCCGACUCCUAUCUCCUGGAAAAUCUGAACUGGGGCUCAGUCUAUGAGUUAGAGAUCGAGGCAGAAAACAGUAUUGGUCGCUCGGUGACCACCUACCUGAAUGUCUCCAUUCCUCUGAGACCGCCCGCUGCUGCUGUUGGUCAAAAGCCGAGGGUUGGCACGGCUGCUGUGGUUGGCAUCAUUCUGGUGAUCUUUGUGGCGCUCCUGCUGCUGGUGGACAUCGUGUGCUACCGUACCCGCCGCUGUGGCAUCCUCAUGUGCCUGUCCGCCAGCCUGCUGGAGCGAGGCGACAUCGAACGCAAGGGCCUGGACCGCGAGGCCGAUGAGUCCAGUGACAGGACAACCUCUUUCACCGACCGGUGCGCACCACUGCCGACGGUCUCGAAGCACUGCUAACAGGCACCUCCUCGUCCCCCCAAAGCCCACCAGCUAACUGGAGACGCACAGGAAGACCCCACAGACGACUGGACAUCUAGACGUCUGGAGUAACUCAUUCCCACGUAUCCUGCAGCCCUCAUCUCCCUCCCAGCCUCCUGAGGGUCUGAAGGCUCACUCUCACCGAGGGAUUGACUCCCUCCUGUUACAAUCGAGGCACACUGACCCUUUAGCAGAAAUCAAAACCGGUCAGGGGAUUCAAUAACAAACCCAGCCCCACACCACACUCCAUGGGUUGUAGGAGCCAGAGUGGGGGUCACAUAUACAUUUUGGGGAAGGGGGUUACAGAGACAGGAAUGGGGACUGAAGGAGGGGUGGUCACAGGGAUGGUAGGGGUGUAGGGGCCAGAGAGCCACAGUGACGGGGUGCGGUGUAGGGGCUGAAAGGGGUCACAGAGAAGGGGAGGGGUAUAAGGGCUGAAGGAAGUCUCAGAGAUGUGGAGGGGUGUAGGAGCCAGAGGAGUCACAGAAGCACAGAGCAUGGGGGGAAUUCGCUGAAAUUUGACUGUCGCCCACGUGGCUUAGUGCUGUCUUCCUGCGGGAUCUCACUGUGCACAAGUUGGUAACGUAACGUUCCAUGGAAGUUUGAUAUUGGGAAGUCAUGAGAUGGAGGUUGGUGUGUGUGGGUGUCUCUUUCUCCCCUUUCCCACCUCCUUCAUUCCCCUAGCCUCUCACCAUUCCGGAAUCCACUCUAAUCCUGAUGAUCUGUGCGGGCUGCGGGAAGGUUCUUUGGGAAGUAUUUAGUGACAACGUCUCUGGAUUCUGACGAAUGUGAACUGGAGUUUGUAGAUCUGAGCAGCUUUAUAAACCCAUUACCUAUUUAUUUUUUUAACUUGUUAUUCCUUUGCUUGUUUCUGAUGGGUUACAGCACAGAAACAGGCCCUUCAGCCCUCUGAGUCUGUGCUACCCCACUGACCAACCCUAAUUUAUUACACUUCACAGUCAUGUCAAAAACAACCCAAAUCCUCUCAGAUUCUUCCUCUCCCCCUCAUUCAGGGGCCAACUAAUCCACUGAUUAAAACCACAUGUUUUUUCCCGGAAUGCUGGAGGAGAUGAAAACUGAAGCAGGACGUCCAAGGGAGUCAGAGGGAAAAUGUGUGUGUGUGCGUGAGUGUGCGUGUGCGUGUGUGUGGUGGAGGGUGGGAUACAAACAAGGAAGGGGAGGGCAAAGACCUCAGACCAAGCAGUUUGACAUCGGCAGAGAGGGUGCUGUGUCAGUGAUAUGGGAGGUUUGAGAACAGCUAAACAUUUGAACUGCCAUACUGACAUGAGAGAUUGAAAUUUCUCGACUUUGAAAUUUAAGACAUUCCUUGUUAUAUUCCUAAGCCUGGUUGUGCCUUGUAUUUAAUUGCUUUUUUUAAAUAAAUGAUGUUUA